AUGUACAUAGUGACUAAACCAAAUCUUUCUGAUACACACAUCACAUUUUUUGUCUCAGUUGAUCAUGGCUGCUGCCUCUUUCUUCCUCAGAUCUGUGAUCUUUCUCACAUCAAUAUCUUCAUUCCUCCAACCACACCCCAUCAUGACAAUAUUAGUACUAUUAGCGAUGGUUUUGUUGUACGUCUGAUCCACCGAGACUCUGCUUUAUCCCCCUUUUAUGACCCCAAUUUGAGCGUCAGCGAUCGUGCCAUACUGGCAGCUAAUCGCUCCAUUGCCCGUCCCAAUUACCUCAACUCACUCACCUCCCAAUCAUUGGUUGAAGAUUUAUCCUCAAAAUUGAUUCCUGAGGAAUUCACCUAUGUAAUGAUGUACAACGUGGGAACCCCGCCUAGUCUGGUAUAUGCCAUUGCUGACAUAUGCAGGAAGUGGCACAGUGUUUCAACCAAACACCACCUGUUUUCGACCCCUCCAAAUCUUCCACCUACAGCACAGUACCAUGGGAUGCUCCAACCUGUUACCAGGCCGGGGGAUAUGCCUGCCAUAUUGAUGAAGAAGAUUGUUGCUAUAGGAUAUCAUAUGGUAGUGGCAGUACAUCAACUGAAGGAACAAUUUCAAUUGAUGCAUUUGCCUUUGAAGACAAUAGGCAGAAUAUGGUUGAUGUUUGUCACUUGGUGUUUGGCUGCUCAGAUUAUACAACUGGGACUUUUAAAGGCUAUGAAGUUGGCAUUAAGGAUAGCGAUCUCAUCAAGUUUGUGUGGAAAAGCAUAUUAUGCCGAUUUAGUAUUCCUCAUGCUAUUUUAUCUGAUAAUGAGCCUCAAUUUGACAGUGCAAAGUUCAAACAGUUCUGCUCAAAAUAUGGUGUACGCAACUCAUUCUCUUCUCCCUGUUUUCCCAAUGGCCAAGCAGAAGCAGACCAGGCAGACUACAUAUGUGGAAGGGAAAAAGGGGCUAUGGUGCCUGGCCAUGCUUUCGUCUAAUAGCCUUUGGAAAGUCUCUAUACUUGGAAAUAUUCAGCAGCAGAACUAUUAUGUUGGAUAUGACCUUGAAGCUCAGGUGGUUUCUUUUUCUCCAGUGGAUUGUGCCAAUUUCUAGUAUAGACUUCGAGCCUUUUCUUGAGAAGCAUUGAAUCUAAGAUUAGUAAUCAGAAUAAUCAGUUCACCAAAACAUAAAAAAUAGUAGUCAUGGCAAGUGAAUGAGUAAUGAGAAAGUAUAUAUUUCAAGGGUGUGAAUGUACAUAGUGACUAAACUCAAUCUUUCUGUGAUUUUUACCCUCCUGGA